UAUGAAAAACUCGUAAGUAUGUGCCAUUAUUGUGGUGUUAUAGGACAUCUGGAAAGGAAUUGUGAUAAAAGACAACAAGACAUCAUUUCGAAAUCUCUAAAAGAAGGACAAUAUGGAGAUUGGCUGAGAGCUCCGGAAGGUCAGAACUUUGCAUCUUUGAAUUUAUCAGACUCUAGAAGCCCUUCAUCCACCAAUCCUACCACUCCAGCCCAACAGUCUCCAUUGAAAUCGUCCAGAAGCCAGGCCGAAGGGAGUAAUCAAAUUAUGCUGAUGCAAGGUGAAUCUUCUCAUCCUCGACACCUGGAAGCUGAAGUCUCCACAUCCUUUUGUGGGAAUGAUAGAGCCUCCAAACCACCUACCACCGAUUUAAUCCAAGUUGAAGGCAACAAUAGAGAGCUAGUUCUGCUAGAAUCAUCUCCUCUCAACCCUCUGAAUGCAGCUGACGUGGAAACUUCAAAGAAUAUGGAGAUUGAAGCAGUCUUAGUUGAUGCUACUACUUCCUCUGAUCCCCCAACUUUCAAACUUUGCCUCACUUCUCCCACAGUUAGGCUGGGUGGGCCCUCUACAAUUUCCCAAAUCAGAGAGUCAAUUAAGGCUCAUCACCCAACUUUUUUCUUUCUUUCUGAAACAAAAAAAACAAAUGGCUUUGUGAAAUCUGUAGCUAAGAAGUUAGGUUUUGUUGACAGAUUCUCUGUUGUAGACCCUGUUGGUUUGAGUGGGGGUUUGCUUUUGCUUUGGGACUCUUAUGUAAACAUUAUUAAUAUUUUGCAUAAAUCUUUUUACAUUGCGGUUGAAUUUGCUUUUGAUGCUGGCCCUUCUCAAUGGGGCAUAUUUGUCUAUAUGAGCACUUUCAAGCUUACUAGAAUGCAGCAGUGGGUGGAAAUUGAGAGAGACAAAGAUUGUUGGGGCUCCAAAUGGUUUAUUAUGGGGGACUGGAACGAUAUUCGUUUCAAAGAAGAAAAAUCUGGUGGAAAGCUGAGAAGUGAAAGCAGUUUUCUUGGAUUUAACACAUUCAUCAGCAAUAUGGAGAUGGAAGAACUGCCUAUGCAAGGUUACAGAUACACUUGGUGCAACUUGAGGGAAACUGAGGGCCUGGUAGAAGAAAAACUGGAUCGAGCAUUUGCUUCAACAGACUGGCUGAUAGACUCACCUAAUGCCACAGUGUCCAACAAAAUUAGAGGUGCCUCAGAUCAUUCUUUGCUUCUUCUCUGUCAAGGGUAUAAACAUCACAAGAUUCCUGCAAGAUUCCACUUUGAAAAGAAAUGGCUCAACAUGGAAGGAAUCAAUGAAAUAGUCACUUCAUCUUGGUCUCAACAAGUUUCAGGGACCCCUUUUUUUAAACUCAAGGAGAAAGUGAAGAAUACUAGAGCUGCUCUUCUCAUCUGGAGCUCCAAGUUCAGGUCCAAAAAUCAACAAUCCAUUGACUUGCUCACCAAAAAACUUGAGGUGCUUAGGGAAGAUAAAGCUGAAGAUUACUGGGAGCAAUGGAAUGAAACCAGGUCUGAACUCAAUGCAGCCCAUAAGCAAGAAGAACUUCAUUGGCAACAGAGGUCAAAGGUGAAAUGGCUCAAGGAAGGUGAUUCCAACACCAAGUUUUUCCAUGCCUACACACUUCAGAAAAGAAAGCUUAAUGCUAUCUCAAGGCUCUUAACUCCUUCUGGAUCAGUGCUGACAUCUCAUGAAGACAUAGAGAACCACAUAUCUGAAUUUUACUCAGAGUUAUUCACUUCAGAAGGAAGCUGGGAUGGAGAGCUCUUUACUGGACAGAAGGUCAAUUUGCAGAAGUCUGGAAUUUUUUUUAGCAGGAAUACUCCCUCCAAUUUGAGAGAUAGCAUCUGUAAUGUUCUUCAGGGAAUUGUUCCUCAUAGAUCAACAAGAUACCUUGGGCUACCUUUGGGUAUUGGCAGAUCGACAAAGGAAGCUUUUGACUUCAUCUU